GUGUCGCUCCAAUGAAUUCUGCAUUCCUUGGACCACUUCACGAAACGGAUAGAAUGAAACGGUCGCGUCUGGAAAGAAUAAUUAUCGGUGCUUCAAUUACCGUCACCAUUUUUGCCAUUGCUUUUCUGAUUGCGGGUAUAGGGCUUCUGGCUGCUUUCGGCGACCGAUUGAAAUACAACAGCGGACUAGCAAUAUUUGGGAUGGUGCUAUUCACUUUUGCGAUCCCGUUAUCAAUCGCCUCUGGUUGUCUCAUCAACGCUGUCUUUGUGGCCAACGCUGGUGCCGAUGAGGCACGUAAUCCAAGAGUGUUCAGACCGGAAGAACUACUUGAUGUUGAUUACCCGAGACAACCGACUUUUGUUGGGACCGAUCGUUUGAAUCAAUCCGGGCCCACCGGGUAUGCAACACCGCCACCUGGGUAUGACGAGUUGGGUCCAUCUCAGCGAUUACCGAUUGUGAUCCGGCAAAUGAGAAGAACAGCUGCCAUCGAUUCCUUCGGCUGAUCUUUUAUCGACCGAACCCAGACCACUCUCUCAACCUCAUUGCUCAAUCGGCACAAAACACACGGAGUCUCAGUUACCUUUUCUGGUCAGUGGAGAGCUGCGAACAUUUGGGAUCACGACCGCCACGAUUUCGUGCCGAUCUGAUUAUUUUUCCCUAAUCAAAGUUACUCCGCAGAGCGGUUGGUUUAUACCCAGAGGACGCAUUAGCAUCAAUGAGUCUUUCCCUGUUAUCCAACCAUUCGUUAUAGCUGCAACAAAGAUUUUCGUGAUUGUCACCGUGUCUCAGCUAUGCUUCGUACUUGCUUUGUAUUGUGUCGGACCCCGC